AUCCGAACACGACCCGUUUAUUAAACGUGUUUGGCGUGUCAACCCGUUUAUCACCCAAACUCGCUUAAUUCGUACUGAUUAAUCGUGAUGUGUCGGAUUUUGACAGUCUUACUUUUCAUACCUCUAAAGACCCGCCACACUUGUUACUCAAGGAUAUGUUUUUAAACUAAUUCAACUACGACUCAUAUUAGAGUUUGAAAGAACAGUCGGUACAAAUCUGAAUACCAUGUAAUAAAAUAAAUCAAGUUUUGUUUUCGAGUCGCUUGAUCGUUUUCUGUUCAAAUUCCUAAGGGCAUAUAGCAAAGGAGCAAAUCAAAAUAAUUAAUUGCGGGUCUAAACUAAUAUUUUCAGAACUUAUGAGGGACGACGUGACAUUAAUCCUAGACCGCAUUUAGAAAUACGCGAACUACAUUGGCUCCACAUUCUCAAACAAUUCCUGAAAACUUCGAAGAAAACCCUAUCCUUCUACGAGGCAACUUCGGGAAACCCUAAGAAAAGUUUGGAGUCAACGCGUGUUUUCACAACCCAUUUAUCACCCGAUCAAGGACGCUCUGUUGGAUCAGUAUCAGAUUUUGCUAGGAAUAAUUUUUUGUUGCAAGUCAAUGGAUCGUGGAAAAAGGCCUGGUAAAUUCCUCGGAGAAAGGCACAAUAAGAUAUACAUGGACCUCAAGGACAUAAUAAGGGAACAUGCCCUCCCUUUCCUUCCUGCAAAAUCACUUUUUAGGUUUCAAGGUGUUUGUAGGGAUUGGAAGUACCAGAUUUCAACUCCGUUCUUUGCACAUAAACAGUCACUUGGCUUCCGUGCUAUCUCAGGUCUAUUUUGUCAGACUCUUGGAGACCCGCCAUUGUUUGUUUCCACUGACCUAAAAUCUUGUGGAGUGCCAGACCCCUCUUUGAAGUUUUUGCCUGUACCUUUUGACAUCAAGUCUUCAUCCAAUGGACUACUUUGUUGCCAGGGUUGCACGGAGGAUAAAGCCUUUUACAUCUGCAAUCCUGUUACUCAGCAGUGGACAAAACUUCCAAAACCAAAUGCUGAUCACGGGCCUGAUCCUGCUGUUGUACUCGUCUUUGAACCAUCACUCCUCAACUUUGUGGCUGAUUACAAACUCAUUUGUGCUUUCCCAUCUGCUGAUUUUGAUGAUGCUACUGAAUUUGAGAUCUAUUCCUCCAAAGAAGGAUCUUGGAAAAUUUCUGGGGAGAUAUGCUUUGCUUGUAGAAUGCCCAUGCCAAGAUCAGGAGUUCAUGUGAAUGGCGUUGUAUACUGGAGGGCGAAACAUGGUGGUAUUCUUGCCUUUGAUCUGACAAAGGACAGGUCUCGAUUUCUGCAAAGCUAUUUUGGUGGCAGUGGGGGUUUAGGGAUGAUGGAUGGAAAGCUUUGUACAGCUCAUGCAAGUGGUUGUUCAAUAAAAGUUCAUGUGUUGGCUAAUGUCCACUCAAACACAAUGCAGAUGAACAGUAAUUCCAGGAUGUGGGAAGAGAAAGAACGUAUCCUUCUUGACAACCAAGUUUUUGGUGGGGAUGCCCUUGAUCCACUGGCGGUGGUGUUUGCUAAUAGUGAUGUGCUGUUGAUUCAGAAUGGGAAGAAAUUCUAUGCUUAUGACUUCAAGUCUAAAGAAACUAAAUUGCUGCAUGGGGUAUCUGAACAUGAUGCGAAGUGCGUAGCUUAUGUGAACAGCUUCGUUUGCAUCUAAUUUCCACUCUUCUUAUUACUUUUUAUGGUAAUCAUUUCAGCCAUUGGAUAUUUGAACACUGAGCAGUCUUGCUAGGAGACAAUGUCUAUCUUUGGUGGUUAUUGGUGAAACUUUUCUGGUUUAUUCCUCUGUUUCAUGUACAUAUAGAGUCUUGUUUGUAACUCGGGGGUUGCCUAUAAGUUACAUUUAAAGACGAUCUGCAGCUGCCUGCAAUGGCAUUAUUUUUGGUUUUGACAUAUUCAUUCAAGGC